CAGUUGUGGCUCGGCAACUGAGAUCUGUAAUUUCUGAAUCAGUCUCUUAUAAUAAUCCAUUUCCUGAUAAACAGUUGAUGCAUGAAUUUGUAAUUGUUUGUAAUUCAGUUUAAUUCAUAGCAGAAACAACAUCAGUGUAAUUAUAUUGUGUUUAUUCUUGUAAGCCAGACAGCCAGGAGUGUUGCUACCAUAAAACUGGCAUGCAGUACACAGCUGUGACUUGAAAAUUUAGUGUUAUGCUCAAAUAGAGAAAUUUAGAAGGCCAGGAACUGCUACAGUCAGGAGUCAGGAAAAUAUUGAUGGCAGCUAAACCAUUAGCCAUAUUCAAUAGACUGUUAAUUUUGUUUACAGAAAAGGAGAAAUUUAGGUGCAACUUUACUCAAGUAGACAGAUACACUGGAUUACUGCAGUGUGAAUUCCUGGUGAUGGGGAUUUUGUAGAAAAACAGCUGUCUGUGUUUUGUGGAACUAUUAACCAGAAUAAUUACUCAGGGGUUGGAGAUAAUAAAUGUUUAUUGAUGACUGUUUUCAAAGUCUGUAUAUACAGUGGAUUUAAGUUAGUAAGAAAGAUGAUCAUUUUGUGACAGUGACAGAGAAGUGAGAAGGCUUGGGAGAAGGACAUAUUGCAGUGUGACGCUUGAUUACAAAAUAACCCUGUACAAAUCUUGGAAUUAUUCUGAGGAAUCAAGUUCUAGUUAAUCUUUUUUGUGAAGUUUUUUGUGAAGGAGAUCCUGCCUUGAUCGAAGUAGUGGUGUGUUUUCAGAGAUUGGAGUAUUAAAAUUGUCUCGGAAGGAAAUUUAUUUUUAGAGUCUGCAACCAAAAAAAAAAUGGCAGAUAUUUCCACAGAGAAAUUGCAAAAUAUGAACAUCCAAGAUUUUGAUGGGGGUGAAUUUGACCCAUUUGCACCACAAAAUAAAAUGGCUAAUAUGAAUAAGGGAGAGCAACCUGUGGAUUUGUUAGGCGAAUGUUUAGAAAACGGACAAAUGACAAAUGGAAGUGAUAAACAUGUUUCCUUUGAUCAGGAGGCUGGUAUAGGGCUCCCUGAUCCAUCUUACAUUAAUCAAGGUCAAGGACAAGGUCAGAUUUCAGGGUCUCAAGGUCAAAAGGAUGAAGGAUUACAAAGACAUAUGAGUGAAGGUGAAAUUUUAGGAUACCAGAAUGAAUAUGGUGAGUCAAUACAUACUGGACAAGUGGAAUAUACAGGAGACAGUGAAGAGGAGGAGUGUAAUAAUCUUAUAGAUAUUCAAAGUACAGACGUUGAUUCUUAUCCGCAGAAAGGUCAAGGUUAUACAGGCGGAGGACAUGUAGGUGAAUAUUCUAGUCCAGAUCCUAGUCAAAAUUUGUAUGACGAGUAUGUGGAAAAUGAUUAUGUUGAUGAUAAUGAUGAAGGUGUUCAGAAUGAAGAGAAACGUUAUGACGGUCCCGUUGAUUAUGUUGAUGAUAAUAUUGAUCCUGAUUCAUGGCAUCCUCAAAUGGAUCCAGAGAGAUUACGGAGAUCAAAAUCGCCAGAAAGGUCAGUUUCACCUUAUGUGAAAUCAGAAAGUGGCGGAGAUGUUGACUCUGAUAUGAUUAGCUCCCCUUCUGAAAUGGCGCAACCUGAAUCAGUGUCUGAGCCUGUAGGGGGCGAUAGUUACCGUGAAUCAUCCAUUCCAGUGUCAGAAGGUGUUGAAACACCGGACUUAAUAUCCCAGGGUUCACAGCAGUUAUCUUCCGAGGAAACGGAAUCUUUAGAUUCAAGGUCGGAAGUUUCCGAAGGCACUCCAAGAAGGCGCAGAAUUCCAAAGCCUAAAACAAAGAAACCUUUGGAAUUGCCACCUUGGGAUGAUAAUGUAGUGGUGCCAAAACUUCCAAGGAUGAAGCCGACUUUGAUUGGUAAACAGGCCGACUUGCCACCGCCGUCACCGCCACGGUUUCAUCGGCAGCGAACCGCACCAGCACGUCACAAUGCUAAAGAUGCUUCGUCAGACAGUGGGGUAGAAGAGGAAGCAAAGUCCCCUAGAAAGAGUUCAGGAGAUGUUAAAAAGAAGUAUGGAACAGACACAAAGAACGAGCGGUAUAAACCAGGUGGGGGAAACAUACAAGUCUUCUCACAGAAAGUUGACACACGAUCGGUUACUCCUCGCACAGACACAACCAAACCUAGGUCAGCUCUGAGUCCUAGAAUAAGUCCGUCAAAAGAAAAAGCUCCCUUGACUCCAAAAGCCCCGACCCCAAACACCAAACAAGUGCAAUCAAAGAUAGGAUCCCUCAAUAAUGUGAAACAUUCUCCGGGAGGUGGUAACGUUAAAGUAUUGAAUACGAAGGUAGAUUUUUCCAAUGUUCCCAGUAAAGUUGGCUCCAAAGACAAAAUAGACCACAAGCCGAAGGGUGGUGAUAAAAAGAUAGAAACCCAGAAAUUAAGCUGGCAGACCGAGUCGAAAGUUGGCAGUUUAAAGAAUGUGACCCAUUCGCCGGGAGGAGGAAAUCUGAAAGUUCUUAAUCAGAGAGUUUCGUGGUCGGCAAAGUCACGUGUUGGAUCUCUUGAAAAUGCCACUCAUUCCCCUGGCGGUGGUAAAGUUAAAGUAGUCAGUCAGAGGUUGAGCUGGACAGCUAAUGCUAGAGUUGGCUCUUUAGGCAAUACUCAUUAUAGACCUGGGGGUGGCAGAGUAAAAAUUUUGGACCAGAAAGUAGAAAUUAAAGCCCAGUCAAAGAUAGGAUCCACAGCAAAUAUAAAACAUAAGCCAGGUGGCGGGGAUAAAAAGAUAGAAACACAGAAGUUAGAGUUUAAAGAAACGGCUCGACCGAAGGUUGGGUCAAUGGACAAAGUGAAACAUAAACCUGGUGGUGGUGAUAUUAAGAUUCAUAGCGAAAAGCUAAAGUGGGAAACCUCGUCAAAAGUGAAAUCAUUAGAAAAUGCCGAGCAUGUGCCGGGUGGCGGUAGUGUAAAAAUAAUUCAACAUGCCAAAAUACACUGGCAUACCAAGUCGAAAGUGCAAUCCAUGCAGAAUGUUCAUUACCAACCUAGUGGUGGAAACAUUCAUAUUCUGGAUGAAAAAGUAGACUUCUCAAAUACGGCUAAACCUAAAGUUGGAUCUAUGGACAAGGUGAAACACCAGCCUGGGGGUGGAGAUAAAAAGGUAAGCAGACUGGCGUGUGGUAGCGUUUUAGCCAAAACGUGGUUCAUUUAUAUGCUUUUCUUUUAGAAAGCCUGUCCAGAG